AUGGAUGAGGUGAGAGGGAACUCAAAAUAUGAGUGUAAAGAUUUCAUGUAGCUAGCUAGUUAGCUUGCUGGCUUGUCGCCUAUGCUGUCAGUUGAAUUCUUGGUGUAAUAACAUUGUCGUUUUUUAGUUAAUCAUAUAGUCACCCUUUCAUGUGUCUAGCUUUAACAGUGUUGUUUCGCAACGUGAAAGAAAGCAGAAACAACUUCUUGAUUUGAGGAAUCUUUACUUUAGUAUCCGGCAGGAGACAAUACAGCAGCAAUGAAGCAGUGUAGCGAUGUUCCUAACUCUGGGUCCAGCGGAAUAGACUGAACCAAGUGCUGAGUUUGUAUCAAUUGUUUACCAGUAACAAUGUAGCCUAGCCUGUGCUGUUCUCUACUACAGGAGUCUGUAGACCAAGCGACCAGUCUGUCUCCUCCUCGCUACAACGCUGGAGCUGACUGUAACCAUGGUGACCAGAGCUCACUGUUGAGCCAGCAGAAGAUGGUGUCGGAAAACCACGAUUAUCUCCAGCACCAUCAAACACUGGCCUCAAAAGUUUCAGCGGAAGAGGAAGAGGAGGAGAGAGGAGUGUGGUGUGAGUCUGAUGUCAAUGUAGUACAACACAACAACCUCAAAAACACAACAUCAUCCACUAAGAAGUCUUUCCCCUGCUCUGUGUGUGGACGACUCUUCACUACAAAACAGUCCCGGGACCGACACAUGAAGACCCACACGGGAGAGAAGCCGUUCCACUGCACUGUGUGUGGGAAGAGCUUCUCUCAGCAGUCCUCCUUUAGGAUACACCAGAGGAGCCACACGGGGGAGAAGCCCUACUGCUGCCCUGAACCUGACUGUGGGAAGAGCUUCUACCAAUCAGGAGCCUUGUUGAGACACGGAAGGAGUCACGCUGAGGGGUCUACUAGACUAAGAACUGCUGCAGAUGUGCUGCCACACCGACAGGAGCUGCUCGUCCGACGGGACGAUACCAGUAGCAAGGUGGGGAAGAACUAGGGUUGCGUCCUCAAUUGGCACCCUAUUCCCUAUAUAGUGCACUACUUUUUGACCAGGCACCAGGGCCCAUCCCUAUGAUAGGGUGCCAUUUGAGACGCAGCCCUAGACAACUAGCUGUACAAUAACUUUUCAUUGUUGCUUCGUUUUAGAAUUCUAGACUUCAGGCUGCUGUGGAUGUGCUGCCAGAGCAAGAGGAUGUCCGUCUGGCCCAAGGUACUGAUGGGGUGGUUUAUGAAGACAUGUUGCUAGCCCAAGGUACUGAUGGGGUGGUUUAUGAAGACAUGUUGCUAGCCCAAGGUACUGAUGGGGUGGUUUAUGAAGACAUGUUGACUAGCCCAAGGUACUGAUGGGGUGGUUUAUGAAGACAUGUUGCUAGCCCAAGGUACUGAUGGGGUGGUUUAUGAAGACAUGUUGCUAGCCCAAGGUACUGAUGGGGUGGUUUAUGAAGACAUGUUGCUAGCCCAAGGUACUGAUGGGGUGGUUUAUGAAGACAUGUUGCUAGCCCAAGGUACUGAUGGGGUGGUUUAUGAAGACAUGUUGCUAGCCCAAGGUACUGAUGGGGUGGUUUAUGAAGACAUGUUGCUAGCCCAAGGUACUGAUGGGGUGGUUUAUGAAGACAUGUUGCUAGCCCAAGGUACCGAUGGGGUGGUUUAUGAAGACAUGUUGCUAGCCCAAGGUACCGAUGGGGGUUAUGAAGAAAUGUUGCUAGCCCAAGGUACCGAUGGGGUGGUUUAUGAAGACAUGUUGCUAGCCCAAGGUACUGAUGGGGUGGUUUAUGAAGACAUGUUGCUAGCCCAAGGUACUGAUGGGGUGGUUUAUGAAGACAUGUUGCUAGCCCAAGGUACUGAUGGGGUGGUUUAUGAAGACAUGUUGCUACUGUGCAAAUAAACAAACAAACAAACACACAUCUUCAUUUGCAAAUCAUAUUCAGUUGAGUUGCUGGCCCUUUUUGAGGACCACAAUAUACACUGAGUGUACAAAACAUUAAGAACACAGACCGACCAGGUGAACCCGAGUGGCGCAGUGGUCUAAGGCACUGCAUCGCAGUGCUAGCUGUGCCACUAGAGAUCCUGGUUAGAAUCCAGGCUCUGUCGUAGCCGGCCGCGACCGGGAGACCCAUGGGGCGGCGCACAAUUGGCCCAGCGUCGUCCAGGUUAGGGGAGGGAAUGGCCGGCAGGGAUGUAGCUCAGUUGGUAGAGCAUGGCGUUUGCAACGCCAGGGUUGUGGGUUCGAUUCCCACGGGGGGCCAGUAUGAAACAUUUAAAAAUAAUGUAUGCACUCACUAACUGUAAGUCGCUCUGGAUAAGAGCGUCUGCUAAAUGACUAAAAUGUAAAUGUAAAGCUAUGAUCCCUUAUUGAUGUCACCUGUUAAAUCCACUUCAGUCAGUGUAGAUGAAGGGGAGGAGUCAGGUUAAAGAAGGAUUUUUAAGCCUUGAUGCAAUUGAGACAUGGAUUGUGUAUGUGUGCCAUUCAGAGGGUGAAUGGGCAAGACAAAAGAUUUGUGUCUUUGAACGGGGUAUGGUAGUAGGUGCCAGGCGCACCGGUUUGUGUCAAGAACUGUCACGCUGCUGGGUUUUUCACGCUCCAACAGUUUCCUGUGUAUAUCAAGAAUGGUCCACCACCCAAAGGACAUCCAGCCAACUUGACACAACUGUGGGAAGCAUUGGAGUCAACAUGGGCCCAGCAUCCCCGUGGAACGCUUUCGACACCUUGUGGAGUCCAUGCCCCGACAAAUUGAGGCUGUUCUGAGGACAAAAGGGGGUGCAACUCAAUAUUAGGAAGGUUUUUCUAAUGUUUGGUAUACUCAGUGUAAAUAUGCCUCCAAGUUUUAUUAUGUUUUUAAUGUGUGUGAUGUUGUCUCUGGCUGGAGCAGACUGCUACUGUUAAUGAUCUAAUAAAGUACAUCAAUACAUUUCCCCCCCAAAUGUUUCUAGGUACUGGUAACCAUAGCGACCAGGGCACGCAGACUCAGAGGGGGGGGUCAGUGAAGCAGCAGGACAGCGGUCAGACAGACGGACAGAUCAGGAGAGGUGAAGAAGAGGAAGCCGGUGGUUUAAUCAACUCCGAGGAAGUUGGCUGGGAUCCUCCUCAUCUUGGUAAGAAGUGGUGGAACCCUGAGAAGAGUUUGAUUCAUACAUCACUAUAUAAUCACUAUGGCUGCGUCCCACGUAGCACUCUAUUCUUUAUAAAGGGCACUACUUUUGACCAAGGAAACAAGUGCACUAAAUAGGGAAUAGGAUGCCAUUUUGUCCGAAGCCUAUAAGACCUAUGUGUCAUUACUGCUCUUUAAUGUGGGUCCUGGAGACCCACAGGGUGUUGUUGAUGUGUCAAGGGCAUGACGAUCAGUUGAAUUAGGUGUGUUACUGCUGGGACGGAACAAAAGUCUGCACGCCCAGCGGGCUUCCAGAACCGAGGUUUGUUGUGCUUCCAGAACCGAGGUUGGUUGGGCUUCCAGAACCGAGGUUGGUGGACUUCCAGAACCGAGGUUGGUGGGCUUCCAGAACCGAGGUUUGUUGGGCUUCCAGAACCGAGGUUGGUGGGCUUCCAGAACCGAGGUUGGUGGGCUUCCAGAACCGAGGUUUGUUGGGAUUCCAGAACCGAGGUUGGUGGGCUUCCAGAACCGUGGUUUGUUGGGCUUCCAGAACCGAGGUUGGUGGGCUUCCAGAACCGAGGUUGGUGGCCAGCAGACCUGGGUUCCAAUACUACACCGAACAAAAAUAUAAAUGCAACAUGAAACAAUUUCAAAGAUUUUACUGAGUUACAGUUCAUAUUAGGAAAUCAGUCAAUUGAAAUAAAUUCAUUAGGCCCUAAUCUAUGGAUUUGACAUGACUGGAAAUACAGAUAUGCAUCUAUUGGUCACAGAUAAAAAAAUAUAUAUGUAAGUAGGGGCGUGGAUCAGAAAACCAGUCAGUAUCUGGUGUGACCACCAAUUGCCUCAUGCAGCGUGACACAUCUCCUACCCAUAGAGUUGAUCAGGCUGUUGAUUGUGGCCUGUGGAACGUUGUCCCACUCCUCUUCAAUGGCUGUGCGAAGUUGCUGGAUAUUGGCGGGAACUGGAACACGCCGUCGUACACGUCGAUCCAGAUCAUCCCAAACAUGCUCAAUGGGUGACAUGUCAGGUAAGUAUGCAGGCCAUGGAAGAACUGGGACAUUUUCUUGCGACAUGAGGCCGUGCAUUAUCAUGCUGAAACAUGAGCUGAUGGCGGCGGAUGAAUGGCAGGACAAUGGGCCUCAGAAUCUCAUCACGGUAUCUCUGUGCAUUCAAAUUGCCCUUGAUGAAAUGCAAUUGUGUUCGUUGUCUGUAGCUUAUGCCUGCCCAUACCAUAACCCCACCAUGGGGCACUCUGUUCACAACGUUGACAUCAGCGAACCACUUGCACACGCGACGCCAUACACGCUGUCUGCCAUUUGCCCGGUACAGUUGAAACCGGGAUUCAUCCAUUAAGAGCACACUUCUCUAGCGUACCAGUGGCCAUCAAAGCAUUUGCCAACUGAAGUCGGUCACGACGCCGAACUGCAGUCAGGUCAAGACCCUGGUGAGGACGACGAGCACGCAGAUAGAUGAGCUUCCCUGAGACGGUUUCUGGCAGUUCUUCGGUUGUGCAAACCCACAGUUUCAUCAGCUGUCCGGGUGGCUGGUGAAGAAGCCGGAUGUGGAGGUCCUGGGCUGGCGUGGUUACAUGUGUUCUGCGGUUGUGAGGCCGGUUGGAAGUACUGCCAAAUUCUCUAAAACUACGUUGGAGGCGGCUUAUGGUAGAGAAAUGAACAUUCAAUUCUCUGGCAACAGCUCUGGUGGACAUUCUUGCAGUCAGCAGCUUUUUGUGCGUAUGGGCAAUUUCUGGGAUCUUUUAUUUCAGCUCAUGAAACAUGGGACCAACACUUUACAUAUUGCGUUUUAUAUUUUUGUUCAGUGUAUUUGAAGUCAUUCCAAAUACUUUAUCUUGGAUUGAUUGGGCUUGUCUGGCGCAAUGGCACCAAUAGAGUAGCUGGAAAACUGGAAAACCGCAAACCCGCCCAUCUGGUACUCCAGGCAGGCUAGAGCAAACGCUAACAGAAUCUGAAAGAUUUCAGAUAGUAUUUGAACCCAGGUCUGGAGUCAACUGGUCUAACCCAGAGCCAUAUAUUUAGAGCGUUGGACCAACUUUGAAAUUGUAAUAUUGUUCUAAUUCUAGACAUUCAGUGACACAGCAUUAUUUAAAUGUUCCCCAUGUAAUGUGAACGGGGUGCUAACAUGGCUCCAUGCAAUGUUGAAGUGUCAUGUAAAUGCGUUACUAUGGAGAAACCUUUAUGGUCCAACUCUCUAAACACGUGGUUCUGGUCUAACCUAUCCUAUCUCAUUCCCACAGGAGGCAGUCCUCCUCCUCCUCCUCCCAGCUCUGGCCCUUCUACACCGGGAGGCCGACCUGUCCAACACCAGCAGAACCACAGGAAGACUUCCCACUCCAACACCUGUCAGAAGUGUGGAGAGCGGUUCCCUACCUUCUAUCAGCUCCGUGUCCACCUGACCACCCACCGGGGAGAGAAGCCCUUCUCCUGUCCAGACUGUGGCAAACGCUUCUCAGCCCGGGGCUACAUGGAGUCACACCAGAGGGUAGGUUGGGUCCCAAAUGGCACCCUAUUCCCAUUGAGCUCUCGUCAAAAGUAGUGUACUAUAUAGAGUAGUGUACACCCUUGUUUUAUUUAUUGUUAAUAAUAAUAAUAAUAAUAAUAUGCCAUUUAGCAGACGCUUUUAUCCAAAGCGACUUACAGUCAUGCGUGCAUACAUUUUUCGUGUAUGGGUGGUCCCGGGGAUCGAACCCACUACCUUGGCGUUACAAGCGCCGUGCUCUACCAGCUGAGCUACAUUGUUAAAACAAUUCGUAUUCAGUUUAAAACCAUUUUAAAAGUACAAAGAAAUCCCAGAGGACAAUGAAAGCGUUAAAGCUGAAAUCCGUAAAGGGAGAAACAGCGCCACUGUUCACCCCAGCGCUACUGUUGUUGAGCGUCCAGCAGUGUAAAAAAAAAAAUUUGCAGUACAUAUUCUGGUGUUCUAGCGCGCAUGCAAUGAUGUCAGAGGGAAAAGAAAACUCUUCUUUGUUUUAAAGUAACUUCUUUAUUGUUGUAAAAUCCCAAACGGACGUGGCAGUUCCACCAAAUACGGAUUCCAGGUUUGACUAAAGGAUCACUUUAGUCAAACAUGAUAUUUUUUGUAUUUUCAUUCAUUAGCCAAUGGUAGUACAACCCCAAACUUGUGCAUGUCAGAAGUCAAGUUUUCAAGAUGGAGCACUUUCGGUCCAGAGCAAAAACUCUGCUGAUAGUUUUUUAAUAAACUAUCCCUUUUAAAUACACUUAUUUCCAAUGUGGUCCUGGGUGUAGGUACACAUCAAGGAGAGACCACACCCCUGCCCCGACUGUGGUAAGAGGUUCCUCUCUCUGGGAGACCUGAAGAGACACCAGCAGAGCUUCUCCGACGAGAGACCGUACGGCUGCUCCGAGUGCGGGAAGAGCUUCACCCAACCGGGGUUCCUAAGGGCACACCAGAGGACACACACCGGGGUCAAAGGUUACCCCUGCCCCUACUGUCACAAGGACUUCUUCACUGCCUCCAGUCUGAGGAGACACAGGAAGCAGGCGCAUGCGGAAGAGACCGUCACACUGCCCCCUAGUGGUGGACUCCAGCUAUCACAUGCUGGAGAGACCCUAGGUCAAGCUGAAGCUGGUGUACCAGUACUGAAGGUCAUAGUGAAGGAGGAGGAGGAGGAUCCUGCUUUUGGUGAGUCACAUGUUCUGUCACAUGUCAUAGUCAUGCCUUAUUGUGUCAGACCGGUUUAGUUUACUCACCAACUACUAAUCAAACUAGGUAAGGAGGGCUUCUCUUAUCAAAAUAAAAAUCAUUAAAGCUAGAGUCCUUAAUUAAAACAAUAACAAACCCGUCACCCCGCCUCUGUUUUGGUAAAAAUCUGAGGGACAGGGCUGGAGAAAUGGAACCACUCUCAAAUUCAUAGACCGAGCUAUGAAUGCAAGGACUGACCAUCCAUGAAAUCAAAAUGAUAGUUUUAACCAUGUUUUAAGGUUACACAGUGUUUGUUAAAAUUUACAUUGGAGUAAAACAUUUUUAUAUUUUGGGUUCUGAUGGGAUACGACAGUUGAACUAAGCUCAUGAAGCAUUUAUAAGUUAUAUUCUACAAGAAGCAAUGGGUGUACACUACUGUUCAAAAAAUGUCUAAGUGACCCCAAACCUUUUGAACGGUAGUGUAUGUCAUUAAAGGAAAAGCCUCACCGGCCAGGUUGCGUGCAUGACCGGUGCAAAAUAAAUAAAACCCAAGCUGUGGAACGUUCCUUUAAUGAUGUAUACCCAUGGAUUCAAUCAUUUCACCCACACCACUCGCGCACAUGAACAAGUGUCUGCUUUAGCCAAGCGCUAAAAUAGAACUUGGUUCUAUUUGAGACUCUCCACGCGCUGCAAGUCCCCCUCCUUAUUGGAUAGCAGGAAGAUAAAGACCCAGCUGGAUGCUUGAAAGGCAAAUGAAGGAGAGAUGAAUUAAAGAUGAACUAAAAUAGGUUUCCCUUUUUAUCCGUGGAUUAAUACGUCGGAGGAGAGAAACACACGAUUUUGUAUGACUCCGGGUCAAAAUCCCACAAAGGACCAACUAAAAAGAGGACCAUAUGCAUGUCAGGUAAAAUAACAACUCAAUGUUCAUCUCCAAGAACAAAGUAGCUAGCUAGCGAAAUGUCCAUGAAUGUUUCAUGUUUGUUACGACCUGCCCACAAUUUUAAUAUAGUUGGUUUUGAUAUUUUAACCUGCGUGUCCUGAUCGCGUCUUGUGUGGAUGGACAAAAUCAACAUGCGUGCGCCAUUGUGCGUGAUGACAUCGUCCCCACAGUGACGGUACGUACAUAUCCCAACCAGAAGCCAUGGAGAACCAGAAGCCACGUAGUCAGCAUGUUACCGCUGUACUUUGUGAAAAUAAAGUGGUAGUGAGUGAAUAUGAACUGUCUUGGCCUUACCCUAUUUUACUUUAGUAUUAGAUUAAUAUGUUUUUAAACAACACAGAUACCAUAAAAAAAUAUAUAUUACACAUUAUUACAUUUCAACCAGAGAAUCAUCAACUUGGAUAAAGCCUCUGUACUGUCCAUCAGGAGAUAGAAAUUAAUCAUCAACCUGGAUGAAACCUCUGUAGUGUACUGCCCAUCAGGAGAUAGAUAUUCAUAAUGAAUGCGCCCAACCACCAUUGCAGGUGAAACCACUCUUGUUUUUCCCCAAGUCUUACUCCAGGAAGGACCCACUCCAGGAAAAAACAGUAUGCUGAGUAGGCAGGCCAUAAAAAUGACUAAUCAGAUUUGUUGUUAGGAUAGUGUGUUCUCUAACAUUAGUAAACCCAGCUGAUAGAUGUAGCCAAUACCAAGGUAAAGUGGUCUAAGGCUACCAUGACGACGGACAUAUAAACAUCAGGAGAUUACCAUAGCACGCUUGUAGCCUAUUGAAUGCUAUAGGAGACUAGUAAAUACAGUAUAGUUGUUAUCAAUGUUAUUGUGGGAGCACAUUCAGCAGCCAAAUAUGACCAUUUUCAAGUCAGUGUUGCAAUGCUUUUCUCUACUUUACCAGCUAGGCUAUGUCAAUGCUUCCAUUUUUUUCUACUUUACCAGCUAGGCUAUGUCAAUGCUUCCACUUUUCUCUACUUUACCAGCUAGGCUAUGUCAAUGCUUCCACUUUUCUCUACUUUACCAGCUAGGCUAUGUCAAUGAUUCCACUUUUCUCUACUUUACCAGCUAAGCUAUGUCAAUGCUUCCACUUUUCUCUACUUUACCAGCUAGGCUAUGUCAAUGCUUCCACUUUUCUCUACUUUACCAGCUAGGCUAUGUCAAUGCUUCCACUUUUCUCUACUUUACCAGCUAGACUAUGUCAAUGCUUCCACUUUUCUCUACUUUACCAGCUAGGCUAUGUCAAUGCUUCCACUUUUCUCUACUUUACCAGCUAGGCUAUGUCAAUGCUUCCACUUUUCUCUACUUUACCAGCUAAGCUAUGUCAAUGCUUCCACUUUUCUCUACUUUACCACUUUUCUCUACUUUACCAGCUAAGCUAUGUCAAUGCUUCCACUUUUCUCUACUUUACCAGCUAGGCUAUGUCAAUGCUUCCCCUUUUCUCUACUUUACCAGCAAGGCUAUGUCAAUGCUUCCACUUUUCUCUACUUUACCAGCUAAGCUAUGUCAAUGCUUCCACUUUUCUCUACUUACCAGCUAGGCUAUGUCAAUGCUUCCACUUUUCUCUACUUUAACAGCUAGGCUAUGUCAAUGCUUCCACUUUUCUCUACUUUACCAGCUAAGCUAUGUCAAUGCUUCCACUUUUCUCUACUUUACCACUUUUUUCUACUUUACCAGCUAAGCUAUGUCAAUGCUUCCACUUUUCUCUACUUUUCCACUUUUCUCUACUUUACCAGCAAGGCUAUGUCAAUGCUUCCACUUUUCUCUACUUUACCAGCUAGGCUAUGUCAAUGCUUCCACUUUUCUCUACUUUACCAGCUAAGCUAUGUCAAUGCUUCCACUUUUCUCUACUUUACCAGCAAGGCUAUGUAUAUGCUUCCACUUUUCUCUACUUUACCAGCUAGGCUAUGUCCCAAAGCUUCCACUUUUCUUAAUUUACCAGCUAGGCUAUGUCAAUGCUUCCACUUUUCUCUACUUUACCAGCUAGGCUAUGUCAAUGCUUCCACUUUUCUCUACUUUACCAGCUAGGCUAUGUCAAUGCUUCCACUUUUCUCUACUUUACCAGCUAAGCUAUGUCAAUGCUUCCACUUUUCUCUACUUUACCACUUUUCUCUACUUUACCAGCUAAGCUAUGUCAAUGCUUCCACUUUUCUCUACUUUACCAGCUAGGCUAUGUCAAUGCUUCCACUUUUCUCUACUUUACCAGCAAGGCUAUGUCAAUGCUUCCACUUUUCUCUACUUUACCAGCUAAGCUAUGUAAAUGCUUCCACUUUUCUCUACUUACCAGCAAGGCUAUGUCAAUGCUUCCACUUUUCUCUACUUUAACAGCUAGGCUAUGUCAAUGCUUCCACUUUUCUCUACUUUACCAGCUAAGCUAUGUCAAUGCUUCCACUUUUCUCUACUUUACCACUUUUCUCUACUUUACCAGCUAAGCUAUGUCAAUGCUUCCACUUUUCUCUACUUUACCACUUUUUUCUACUUUACCAGCAAGGCUAUGUCAAUGCUUCCACUUUUCUCUACUUUACCAGCUAGGCUAUGUCAAUGCUUCCACUUUUCUCUACUUUACCAGCUAAGCUAUGUCAAUGCUUCCACUUUUCUCUACUUUACCAGCUAGGCUAUGUCAAUGCUUCCACUUUUUUCUACUUUACCAGCAAGGCUAUGUCAAUGCUUCCACUUUUCUCUACUUUACCAGCUAGGCUAUGUCAAUGCUUCCACUUUUCUCUACUUUACCAGCUAGGCUAUGUCAAUGCUUCCACUUUUCUCUACUUUACCAGCUAGGCUAUGUCAAUGCUUCCACUUUUUUCUACUUUACCAGCAAGGCUAUGUCAAUGCUUCCACUUUUCUCUACUUUACCAGCUAGGCUAUGUCAAUGCUUCCACUUUUCUCUACUUUACCACUUUUCUCUACUUUACCAGCUAAGCUAUGUCAAUGCUUCCACUUUUCUCUACUUUACCACUUUUUUCUACUUUACCAGCAAGGCUAUGUCAAUGCUUCCACUUUUCUCUACUUUACCAGCUAGGCUAUGUCAAUGCUUCCACUUUUCUCUACUUUACCAGCUAAGCUAUGUCAAUGCUUCCACUUUUCUCUACUUUACCAGCUAGGCUAUGUCAAUGCUUCCACUUUUUCUACUUUUACCAGCAAGGCUAUGUCAAUGCUUCCACUUUUCUCUACUUUACCAGCUAGGCUAUGUCAAUGCUUCCACUUUCUCUACUUUACCAGCUAGGCUAUGUCAAUGCUUCCACUUUUCUCUACUUUACCAGCUAGGCUAUGUCAAUGCUUCCACUUUUUCUACUUUACCAGCAAGGCUAUGUCAAUGCUUCCACUUUUCUCUACUUUACCAGCUAGGCUAUGUCAAUGCUUCCACUUUUCUCUACUUUACCAGCUAAGCUAUGUCAAUGCUUCCACUUUCUCUACUUUACCAGCUAGGCUAUGUCAAUGCUUCCACUUUUUUCUACUUUACCAGCUAGGCUAUGUCAAUGCUUCCACUUUUCUCUACUUUACCAGCUAGGCUAUGUCAAUGCUUCCACUUUUCUCUACUUUACCAGCUAAGCUAUGUCAAUGCUUCCACUUUUCUCUACUUUACCAGCUAGGCUAUGUCAAUGCUUCCACUUUUCUCUACUUUACCAGCUAGGCUAUGUCAAUGCUUCCACUUUUCUCUACUUUACCACUUUUCUCUACUUUACCAGCUAAGCUAUGUCAAUGCUUCCACUUUUCUCUACUUUACCAGCUAGGCUAUGUCAAUGCUUCCACUUUUUUCUACUUUACCAGCAAGGCUAUGUCAAUGCUUCCACUUUUCUCUACUUUACCAGCUAGGCUAUGUCAAUGCUUCCACUUUUCUCUACUUUACCAGCUAAGCUAUGUCAAUGCUUCCACUUUUCUCUACUUUACCACUUUUCUCUACUUUACCAGCUAAGCUAUGUCAAUGCUUCCACUUUUCUCUACUUUACCACUUUUUUCUACUUUACCAGCAAGGCUAUGUCAAUGCUUCCACUUUUCUCUACUUUACCAGCUAGGCUAUGUCAAUGCUUCCACUUUUCUCUACUUUACCAGCUAAGCUAUGUCAAUGCUUCCACUUUUCUCUACUUUACCAGCAAGGCUAUGUCAAUGCUUCCACUUUCUCUACUUUAACCAGCUAGGCUAUGUCAUGCUUCCACUUUCUCUACUUUACCAGCUAGGCAUGUCAAUGCUUCCACUUUCUCUACUUUACCAGCUAGGCUAUGUCAAGCUUCCACUUUCUCUACUUUACCAGCUAGGCUAUGUCAAUGCUUCCACUUUUCUCUACUUUACCAGCUAAGCUAUGUCAAUGCUUCCACUUUUCUCUACUUUACCACUUUUCUACUUACCAGCUAAGCUAUGUCAAUGCUUCCACUUUUCUCUACUUACCACUUUUCUCUACUUUACCAGCUAAGCUAUGUCAAUGCUUCCACUUUUCUCUACUUUACCACUUUUUUCUACUUUACCAGCAAGGCUAUGUCAAUGCUUCCACUUUCUCUACUUUACCAGCUAGGCUAUGUCAAUGCUUCCACUUUUCUCUACUUUACCAGCUAAGCUAUGUCAAUGCUUCCACUUUUCUCUACUUUACCAGCUAGGCUAUGUCAAUGCUUCCACUUUUUUCUACUUUACCAGCAAGGCUAUGUCAAUGCUUCCACUUUUCUCUACUUUACCAGCUAGGCUAUGUCAAUGCUUCCACUUUUCUCUACUUUACCAGCUAGGCUAUGUCAAUGCUUCCACUUUUCUCUACUUUACCAGCUAGGCUAUGUCAAUGCUUCCACUUUUUUCUACUUUACCAGCAAGGCUAUGUCAAUGCUUCCACUUUUCUCUACUUUACCAGCUAGGCUAUGUCAAUGCUUCCACUUUUCUCUACUUUACCACUUUUCUCUACUUUACCAGCUAAGCUAUGUCAAUGCUUCCACUUUUCUCUACUUUACCACUUUUUUCUACUUUACCAGCAAGGCUAUGUCAAUGCUUCCACUUUUCUCUACUUUACCAGCUAGGCUAUGUCAAUGCUUCCACUUUUCUCUACUUUACCAGCUAAGCUAUGUCAAUGCUUCCACUUUUCUCUACUUUACCAGCUAGGCUAUGUCAAUGCUUCCACUUUUUUCUACUUUACCAGCAAGGCUAUGUCAAUGCUUCCACUUUUCUCUACUUUACCCGCAGGCUAUGUCAUGUUCCACUUUUCUAUUUACAGCUAGGGUAUGUCAAUGCUUCCACUUUCUCUACUUUACCAGCUAGGCUAUGUCAAUGCUUCCACUUUUUUUUACUUUAACCCGCAGGCUAUGUCAAUGCUUCCACUUUUCUCUACUUUACCAGCUAGGCUAUGUCAAUGCUUCCACUUUUCUCUACUUUACCAGCUAGGCUAUGUCAAUGCUUCCACUUUUCUCUACUUUACCAGAGGCUAUGUCAUGCUUACUUUCUCUACUUUUCCAGCUAAGCUAUGUCAAUGCUUCCACUUUUCUCUACUUUACCAGAUAGGCUAUGUCAAUGUACUUUCUCUAUUACCACUUUUCUCUACUUUACCAGCUAAGCUAUGUCAAUGCUUCCACUUUUCUCUACUUUACCAGCUAGGCUAUGUCAAUGCUUCCACUUUUCUCAACUUUACCAGCUAGACUAUGUCAAUGCUUCCACUUUUCUCUACUUUACCAGCUAGGCUAUGUCAAUGCUUCCACUUUUCUCUACUUUACCAGCAAGGCUAUGUCAAUGCUUCCACUUUUCUCUACUUUACCAGCUAGGCUAUGUCAAUGUGCUAGCUCUGGAUGUAAAGAAACCAGGCAGAUCUCUAAGUUAAGCAACAAUAACAGAACUAAGGAUUCCCAACCGCGCUAACGUUAUAUGACUGUAUUUCAAUAUAAAAACAUUAGCUGACACAAAACACUUCCUCUGUUGUUAUCUGUCCUCUUGGCCCCGCUGGUUUAGGCUGUCUUCUCCAGUCUAUCUUCAGGAUGACAGUCUCAAGGCUGUUUAACUAGGAACGCACACACGCAUUCGGGGGUGGGAGAUCAGGAAAUCAACCUCACUCCUCCCUAAGCUCGUUGUAGUUUUCAAAAAAAGAAACGUGAUUACCCCCAAAUAUGUAAUUGAUGGUAAAAAUCCAGACAGAAAAAAUACCAAGCUUUCGAUCUACAGUCCUACAGGUUCAUAGCGUGACAUAGGACAACGAUGUUGUGUUCCUUUAAUUUUAAGUCCAAAAAUGGAUGUAGCAACUGCGGAUUCUAGCUUUAAUUACUCAUUACCCUUUGACCUUCAGGUUUCGUGGUAAGUUAGUUAGUUAUAGUUUAGUUAACCCAAACUAUUGUCCUCAUCCACACAGGAGAGAGUUCUAACAACCACCACUCUGAGUCUGAGGAGAGUCUCCCUGCAUCCGUAGAGCAAAAACAACAACAACAACAACAACAACAACAACAUAAACAGCAUCACAGCUGCCACAGAAGAGCCCACCCCUGCCCUGUGUGUGGAAAGGAGUUUCCCAUUGCAUACAAGCUACAAGUCCAUAUGAGAAUCCACACUGGAGAGAAGCCUUUCUCCUGCUCUGUGUGUGGGAAGAGCUUCGCCCAGAAGGGGAGCCUGACACUCCACCAGAUCGUCCACACAAGAGAGAAACCUUACUCCUGCCCCGACUGUGGGAACACCUUCUCCCAGAUGAUUAGGUGUGUUAUUGUUAUCAGCAUAGACCUGUGUCCUAUUAAUUAGUGCACACAUAGAAUCUAGUGCACACCAUAGCAAAACGUUUUGCAAAGGAAAAAUAAAACACUUGUUUCUUAUUGAACAAGUACAGGUAAUCUCCUCCCUGUUAAGGCCGUGGGCAUCCUUUUGGUGCCUAGUGAAUACGACCCUGGUCCGUCCCUUUAUGUAUUUAGUUAGGCAUAUGCCAUCUGCAUGCUCAUGGAGUUCAUUGGUUUGUUUUGACUGGCUGCUAUGUGGGUGUAAUAAAACUUGAACUACAUAAAACUAACUUCUAACUUAUCAGCCUGAAGAGACACCAACUUCUGCACACGGGAGAGAGACCGUACCGCUGCUCUGAGUGUGGGAGGAGCUACACCCAGCAGAGGAACCUGAGGUGUAAACUAUGCUUUUUUUAUUGAUCAAUUAUAAGGUUUACAGGAUCAUUUUUAAAGUAGUCAGAAUAGUGUUUUUUAUCUAUAUUUAUCUUAUCUUAGAACACACCAGCUGAAGCACACCGCAGAGAGACUCCACCGCUGCUCUGUGUGUGGAAAAAGCUUCUUCACGGCCUCAGGACUCAGGGAUCACCAGAGGUUAGUCUCGACUUUAAUCGAUGAUUUCACUAUUAUUUUAGCCAUCUCUUUUAUUUGAUGUUCCUUUAUUAUUCUAUUUUAUUGCCUUCUGUUGUUUUAUUGAUCUCCUAUAUUUCAUUGUUUUACUGUAAAGUGUUGCGAUUCUAAAUAGACUUUUUAAAUAAAGUUUGAUUUGAUUUAGGUCUCACACAGGAGAGAAACCGUUCCCCUGCUCCGUGUGUGGGAAGCGCUUCUCACGGCCUGGUCUCCUGAGAGAACACCAGCAGACUCACAGAGGAGAUGGUAGACAGACGGAGGGAGACAGCAGCAAGGUGGGAGACAAUUAUAGUUACGUCCCAAAUGGCAAUAGCCUGGGCCUUGGUCAACAGGAGUUCACUGUAUAGGGAAUAGGGUUCCAUUUGGGACUCAUCUUAUGAUUGACAAGUGCUUCAGGUGUUUUCAAGAUGAGACAUCAGUAUUCUGUCAUCUAGGGAACCCUCAUAGGUCGUCGGGGCCAGAAGAUUUGUUAUUCCUAUCUUUAUUUGUAAUGAUAUUUCAUUACAUUGCCAUUCUAGGACACUGGUGACCGAUCGAGCCCCAAACCCAAAGAGUCCCUGGGUGAAACUCUGGGACUGAAAAUUAUAGUUGAAGAACUGGAGAGAGAAGAGGAGGAGGAAGUUGGUGGUUUGAUCAAUUCUGACGGAGAGGAAGUUGCUCACAAUUCUCUUUCUGGUAAGGGGCAGGAUCAUGACGAUGAUGAUUUUGAUUGAGCUCUUCAUUGUUGAAGGAUGCAUCCCAAAUGGCACCCAAUUCCCUACACAGCACCUCUUUAGACCAGAGCCCUAUAAGGAAUAGGGCGCUAUUUGGGACGCAGGCUUAGUGUUAGUUAGUUGGUCAUCUAGUGUUACCAUAACGGCUAAGUAUUUGUUUAACCUGUCCUUUGCCCAGUCAAAAGUAGUGCACUAUGUAGGGAAUAGGGCGCCAUUUGGGACGCACCUCCAUGUUUAACCAUCUCCACUUUUCCACACAGGAAAAAGCCCUGUCCCAGUCUUUGUUAGCGGUGAGAUUCCCUCUACAUCAGCAGAACGUGAACAACACCACCAACAAAUCCUGGAGAAACGAUGCAGAACCAAAAAGCCUCACCUCUGCUCUGUGUGUGGAAAGGAGUUCCCUAAACCAUCGAAGCUAGUUGCACAUCUCCGCACACACAGUGGAGAGAAACCCUUCUGCUGCUCUGUGUGCGGUAGAGGCUUCUCCACAGGGGGCAUCACCCUACAGAGACACCUAUUAACACACACAGGGGAGAAACCUUACCACUGCUCUGUCUGCGGGAAAAGGUUCAUCCAGCGGGGGAAUCUGUUAAAACACCAGAAGGUGCACACUGGAGAGAAACCUUACUCCUGCUCCGUGUGUGGACGGAGUUUCCCUCGGUUUGAGCGUCUGAAGGACCACCAGCGGACGCAUACGGGAGAGAAACCUCACUCUUGCGAUGUCUGUGGGAUGAGGUUCUCCUACGCGUCCUCCCUCAAGGUCCUUAUUGUUGUUUUUAGCCAUUAUUACCCCACUUCCCUACAUUGUUUUUUAUCACUCAAAUCUAAUUUUAUUAGUCACAUAGUUUGUAAACAACAGGUGUAGGCUAACAGUGAAAUGAUUACUUACGGGCCCUUCCCAACAAUGCAGAGAGAAGGAAAAUAGAGAAAUAAUAGAAAAGGUAAUAAUAAAUACACAAUGAGUAAUGAUAACUUGGUUAUAUACACGAGGUACCAGUACCGAGUCGAUGUGCAGGGGUACAAGGUAAUUGAGGUAGAUAUGUACAUAUAACUAGGAAUAAAGUGACAGAUAAUAAAGAGUAACUAACUAUUUAUCAGUCUUAUGGCUUGGGGGUAGAAGUUGUUCACGGUCCUGUUGGUUCCAGACUUGGUGCAUCAGUACCGCUUGCCGUUCGUUAGCACAGAGAGCAGUCUAUGACUUGAGUGGCUGGAGUCUUUGACAAUUUUUAGGGCCUUCCUCUGACACCGUGUGGUAUAGAGGUCCUGGAUGGCAUUGAGCUUGGCCCCAGUGAUGUACUGGGCCGUACCCACUACCCUCUGUAGCACCUUGUGGUCGGAGGCCGAGCAGUUGCCAUACCAGGCAGUGAUGCAGCCAGUCAAGAUGCUCUCAAUGGUGCAGCUGUAUAACUUUUUGAGGAUCUGAGGGCCCAUGCCAAAUCUUUUCAGCCUUCUGAGGGGGAAGAGGCGUUGUCGUGCCCUCUUCAUGACUGUAUUGUGUGUGUGGAUCAUGAUAGAUCCUUAGUGAUGUGGACACCGAGGAACUUAAAACUCUCGACCCGGUCCACUAAAGCCCUGUCGAUGUGAAUGGGGGCAUGCUCGGCCCUCCAUUUCCUGUAUUCCACUAUCCAGCUCCUUUGUCUUGCUGACGUUGAGGGAGAGGUUGUUGGCCUGGCACCACACUGCCAUGUCUCUGACCUCCUCCCUAUAGGCUGUCUCAUCAUCGUCGGUGAUCAGGCCUACCACCGUCGUGUCGUCGGCAAACUUAAUGAUCGUGUUGGAGUCGUGCACGGCCAAGCAGUCGUGGGUGAACAGGGAAUACAGGAGGGGACUAAGCACACACCCCUGAGGGGCCCCCUUCAGGAAGUCCAGGAUCCAGUUGCAGAAGGAGGUGUUCAAUCCUAGGGUCCAUAGCUUAGUGAUGAGCUUGGAGGGCACUAUGGUAUUGAGCUGUAGUCAAUGAACAGCAUUCAAUACGUAGGUGUUCCUCUUGUCCAGAUGGGAAAGGGCAGUGUGGAGUGCAAUAGAGAUUGCAUCAGCUAUGGAUCUGUUGGGGCGGUAAUGCGAAUUGGAGUGGGUCCAGGGUGUCUAGGAUGAUGGUGUUGAUGUGAGAAUUUCACAGCUACAGAUGAGUGCUAUGGGUUUUAGUCAUUUAGGCAGGUUACCUUGGCCUUCUUGGGCACAGGGACUAUGGUGGUCAGCUUGAAACAUGUAGGUAUUACAGACUGGCUCAGAGAGAGGUUGAAAAAUGUCAGUGAAGACACUUGCCAGCUGGUCAGACCUGAGUAUGUAUCCUGGUAGUCCAUCUGGCCCUGAGGCCUUGUGAAUGUUGACCUGUUUUAAAGGUCUUACUCACAUCGGCUACAGAGAGCGUGAUCACACAGUCGUCCGGAACAGCUGAUGCUCUCAUGCAUGGUUCAGUGUUGCUUGCCUCGAAGCGAGCAUAGAAGGCAUUUAGCUCGUCUGGUAGGCUAGCGUCACUGGGCAGCUCUCGGCUCGGUUUCGCUUUGUAAUCCGUGAUAGUUUCCGAGCUGAUGUAGUAGGAUUCGAUCUUAGUCCUGUAUUGCCGCUUUGCCUGUUUGAUGGUUCACUUGAAGCUGGUGACUGAUGUGGUAAAUUCCUGAACUCCUCAAUCCUGGAACAUAUUUCAGUCUGUGGGGUAGCGAAACAGUCCUGUAGCUUCUUAGCAUCCGCUUCAUCGGACCACUUCCGUAUUGAGCGCAUCACUGGUACUUCCUUAAAAUCACCGGCCACUAGGAGCGCCGCCUCUGGAUGAGCAUUUUCUUGUUUGCUUAUGGCCCCUAUAUUGGUAAAUAAUGUGGUCUACAGCUUAUCAUGAGGUAUUCUAACUCAGGCGAGCAGAACCUUCAUAUUAGAGAUCGAGCACCAGCUGUUGUUAAGAGACACACACCUCCUCCCCCUUUCAGCUUACCCGACGCUGCCGUUCUGUCCUGCCAAUGCAUAGAAAAAACAGCUAGAUGUAUAUUAUCCAUAUCCUUGUUCAGCCACGACUCCGAGAAACAUAGGAUAUUACAGUUCUUCAGGUCCCGUUGAUAGGAUAGUCUCGAACGGAGCUCAUCCAGUUUGUUCUCCAGUGAUUGUACGUUCGCCAAUAGAACGGAGGGUAGAGGCGGGUUAUGUACUCACCGACGUAGUUCACUUGUUAUCUCCAUAUUCCCUUUUCCCUACAUUAUUUUAAUCCCUUUAAUGAUGUGAAGUGUGUUUUGACCAAUCUAAUAUGCGCUUUAAAUCAAUUCUGACUUGACAGGUCCAUCGCAGGAUGCACACCGGGGAGAGACCUUACGAGUGCUCUGUCUGUGGGGAGAACUUCAACUCAACAGCAAACCUGAGGAAACACAGACAGUCCCACACUGGAGAGGGGUCUGCUGCUGUUACUGGGGGAUUUCAGACUGCUGGAGGUGAUGCUCUGGUAAAUCAUCAGACUACACCUGUAGACUAUUCAAACCAGGUGGGGGAAUACGAUGUCACUAACAGGAUUAAUUGAUUGAUUGAGAUAGAUUUUUGGGUACAACAUUUGUACAGUUUAAAAGUACAAAGAAAUCCCUGAGGAUAAAGCAUUAAAUACACUUAUUUCCAACGUGGUCCUCAGUGUAGGAUGGAAGAAAUGUUUUAACUAAACUUGUCACUUAACUCAACGUACUGCGUGACACUUCUGCCAUUUUAGGGAACCGUUGUCAAAGAUAAAAGCUCUCCGGGUCCUGACCAAGGCUACGGUGAAGGCUGCAGUCAAACAUCUACCAAAUAUAUCGAUAGUGAAGAAGAAGAGGAGGAGGAGGAAGAAGAGAUGGAGGAGGAAGUUGGUGGUUUGAUUAAUUCCGAAGGAGAAGAAGUUAAUUGGGAUUCUCUCUUCAGUAAGUAGAAUAAUUAUUGGUGACAAAACGUACAGAAUUACAGAAGAACAAUGGCAGUACAUGGGUUGUUGAUGUAUAGGCUGAAUCCCAAAUCACACCUUACUCCCUACCUAGUACACUAGAUGGUUGUUGGUGUAUAGGCUGAAUCACACCUUACUCCCUACCUAGUACACUAGAUGGUUGUUGGUGUAGAGGCUGAAUCACACCUUACUCCCUACCUAGUACACUAGAUGGUUGUUGGUGUAGAGGCUGAAUCACACCUUACUCCCUACCUAGUACACUAGAUGGUUGUUGGUGUAUAGGCUGAAUCACACCUUACUCCCCCUACAUAGUACACUAGAUGGUUGUUGGUGUAUAGGCUGAAUCACACCUUACUCCCCCUACAUAGUACACUAGAUGGUUGUUGGUGUAUAGGCUGAAUCACACCUUACUCCCUACAUAGUACACUAGAUGGUUGUUGAUGUAUAGGCUGAAUCCCAAAUCACACCUUACUCCCUACAUAGUACACUAGAUGGUUGUUGGUGUAGAGGCUGAAUCACACCUUACUCCCUACAUAGUACACUAGAUGGUUGUUGGUGUAGAGGCUGAAUCACACCUUACUCCCUACAUAGUACACUAGAUGGUUGUUUUAUAUACAGUGCAUUCGUAAAGUAUUCAGACAGCUUGACUUUUUCCACAUUGUGUUACAUUACAGCCUUAUUCUAAAAUGGAUUAAAUAGUUUUUUUCCCCUCAUCAAUCUACACACACAAUACCCCAUAAUGACAAAGCAAAAAUAGGUUUGUAGAAGUUGUUGCUCAUUUAUUACAAAUAAAACAACUGAAAUAUUUAAUUUACAAGUAUUCAGACCCUUUUCUCAGUACUUUGUUGAAGCAACUUUGGCAGCGAUUACAGCCUCGAGUCUUCUUAGGUAUGACGCUACAAGCUUGGCACACCUGUAUUUGGGGAGUUUCUCCCAUUAUUCUCUGCAGAUCCUCUCAAGCUCUGUCAGGUUGGAUGGGGAGCGUUGCUGCACAACUAUUUUCAGGUCUCUCCAGAGAUGUUCGAUCGGGUUCAAGUCCGGGCUCUGGCUGGGCCACUCAAGGACAUUUAGAGACUUGUCCCGAAGCCACUCCUGCGUUGUCUUGGCUGUGUGCUUAGGGUCGUUGCCCUGUUGGAAGGUAAACCUUCGCCCCAGACUGAGGUCCUGAGUGCUCUGGAGCAGGUUUUCAUCAAGGAUCUCUCUGUACUUUGCUCCGUUCAUAUUUCCCUUGAUCCUGACUAGUCUCCCAGUCCCUGCCGCUGAAAAACAUCCCCACAGCAUGAUGCUGCCACCACCAUGCUUCACCAUAGGGAUGGUGCCAGGUUUCCUCCAGACGUGACGCUUGCAUUCAGGCCAAAAAGUUCAAUCUUGGUUUCAUCAGACCAGAGAAUCUUGUUUGAGGAGUGGCUUGGUGGAGUGCUGCAGAGAUGGCUGUCCUUCUGGAAAGUUCUCCCAGCUCCACAGAGGAACUCUUGAGCUCUGUCAGAGUGACCAUCGGGUUCUUGGUCACCUCCCUGACCAAGGCCCUUCUCCUCCGAUUGCUCAGUUUGGGUGAUGAGAGGUGUUGGGUUUGCGCCAGACAUAGCGUUUUCCUUGAUGGCCAAAAAGCUCAAUUUUAGUCUCAUCUGACCAGAGUACCGUCUUCCAUAUGUUUGGGGAGUCGCCCACAUAGCUUUUGGCGAACACCAAAUAUGUUUGCUUAUUUUUUUCUUUAAGCAAUGGCUUUUUUCUGGCCGCUCUUCUGUAAAGCCCAGCUCUGUGGAGUGUACGGCUUAAAGUGGUUCUAUGGACAGAUACUCCAAUUUCCUCUGUGAAGCUUUGCAGCUCCUUCAGGGUUAUCUUUGGUCUCUGUUGCCUCACUGAUUAAUGCACUCCUUGCCUGGUCCGUGAGUCUUGGCAGAUUGUGGUGCCAUAUUCUUUCCAUUUUUUAAAAUAAUGGAUUUAAUGGUGCUCCGUGGGAUGUUCAAAGUUUCUGAUAUUUUUUUAUAACCCAACCCUGAUCUGUACUUCUCCACAACUUUGUCCCUGACCUGUUUGGAGAGCUCCUUGGUCUUCAUGGUGCCGCUUGCGUGGUGGUGCCCCUUGCUUAGUGGUGUUGCAGACUCUGGGGCCUUUCAGAGCAGGUGUAUAAAUACUGAGAUCACGUGACACUUAGAUUGCACACAGGUGGACUUUAUUUAACCAAUUACGUGACUUCUGAAGGUAAUUGGUUGCACCAGAUCUUAUUUAGGAGCUUCAUAGCAAAAGGGGGUGAAUACAUAUGCACGCACCACUUUUCCGUUAUUUAUUUUUUAGAAUUUUCUGAAACAAGUAAUUUUUUUUUCCAUUUCACUUCACCAAUUCAUGUCCAUGACAUGAAAUCCAAAUAAAAAUUCAUUUAAAUUACAGGUUGUAAUGCAACAAAAUAGGAAAAAACGCCAAGGGGGAUGAAUACUUUUGCAAGGCACUGUAAGACAACCACUUAUCACAGUCAUUGUAAGUCAGCGCUAGUAUCGCCAAUUGCUGUAAUAUUGUGGAGAUGGACACUUAAAUAUGUUUGUUCUAACUCAGGAGAGAAACCGUUCAGCUGCUCUGUGUGCGGGAAGCUGUUCUCCCGGAAGGGAAAGUUGGACAGACAUGAGAGGACCCACACUGGAGAGAAACCCUACCCCUGCCCUCACCCUGACUGUGGGAUGAGCUUCUCUCAGUCUGGCAGUCUCCUGAGACACAGAAAAAGCCACGCUGGAGAUGGACUACAGGUAAGUGACGACGCCUCCAUUCUGGAAGAAGAGCCAUCGGGUCCUGGAUCUUCAGCAUUGCAGGGCCCGAAGUCGGUUUCGGAAAUGUUUGAGAACCAAGUUGAAGAUCAAGAAGAAGAUGAUUAUGAUGAGGAAGUUGGUGGUCUGAUCAAUUCAGACGGAGAAGAAAUCGGUUGGGAUCGUCAUCGUAUCAGUAAGUGAUAGAAUGUUGACAGUUAGAAUUUUGAUGAUGCUCUGUCCACAUACGGUAUAUUCUAGUCAGAUCAGAUCUUUUCAUCUGUGUUUUAUGUAUUGUAUGACAUCACAUGUUAUGUCUGUUUCUAUGUCUGUACCAUGAUGUUCAAAUAAACCUUAAAUUACAGUUGACUUUUCACUCGUUAUCUAACCCAUACUGUUUCAUCAACACAGGACAGAGUGUCAGCCAUCCCUCUACAUCAGGAGAACCUGAACAACACCAGGACAACCACAACAACACAAAGGCCAAGUCUCACCACUGCUUCAAAUGUGGGAAAGACUUUGCCAACAUCUCUAACCUACGGCGACACCAGAAGAGACACACAGGUUGUUGUCUCCACAGAGUUCCUAUUAAAUGAUGAGUUCUAAUAUGGAAUUCCACAUGACCUUUUCCCCAAUUUUACUGCGUUCUUUGAUUCCUUUUCAAUGAUUUUAAGGAGUGUUGUUGUGAACCAUGUAAAAUUCACUUUAGGUUUGUGUUCCAAAUGGCACCCUAUUACCUUUGCAGUGCACUACUUUUGACCAGACCAUAUGGGCCCUAGUGCACUACAUAGGGAAUAGGGUGCCAUUUGGGACACAGCCUAAAUACUGCAAUUCUGACUUGACAGGAGAGAGUUCCGACCACCGAUCUGACAGCGAAGCCAGGAAGUCCCACUGCUGCCCAGAAUGUGGAAGAGACUGUAAGAAGCUAUCAGCUCUACAAAAGCACAUGAAGAUCCACACGGGAGAGAAGCCGUACCCUUGCUCCGUGUGUGGGAAACAGUUCCGUGAAAGAACAGCCCUCCGCGACCACCAGAAAGUGCACACGGGAGAAAAACCUUACCCCUGCCCCGACUGUGGGAAGACGUUCGCUCACUCGGGGGCUAUGAAGAGACACCUGCUGACGCACACCGGAGAGAAACCUUAUUCCUGCUCUGUGUGUGGGAGGAGCUACACCCAGAUAGGGCGACUGAGAGAACACGAGCGAACACACAGGUUGGUUCUAUGUUAAGUUUAGCGUUCUGCUGUUUAGUCUUUGCUGGCUCCUUUUUAGUCUGCUUAUCUUGCAGUAUUAGUCAUACACAUAUUUUGGGGGCUAAAUAGCUUUUAGCCCUUUUUUAAAGCAUUUCUACAGCUGUUGCUGAUGUGCAUCAGAUCUGGGCCACAAAGCUUCUCAGAGUGGAAGUGCCGAUUAUAAUCUUAUUCAUUUUGAUCUAAAUGGCCAAACUGAUCCUAGAUCAGCACUCCUACUCUGAGAAGCGGUGUGAAUAUGGCCCAGCUCGUUGGGCAAUAAUUGGGCAAAAGAUCAGAAUUAGGCUGCCUGUGUAAACGCAACCUUUGUGAUUUCUGUGUGUAAUAAAAAGCGCUCUACACAUAGAAUGUAUUUAUUGUUAUUACAGCGAGGAGAAGCAUGACUGUUCCGUCUGCUGGAGGAGCUUCUCCAAAGCUACGGCCCUCGUCGCUCACUUCAGGUAAAGCACUUUGAGAACAACUACUGAUGUUAAAUGGGCUUUUAUUAAAUACAUUUUGAUCGACUGACUGACUGAUUCAGUCAUUCGUUGAUGUUAUUGAUUGAUUCAGGACCCACACUGGAGAGAGACCGUACAGCUGUGAGGAGUGUGGGAAGAGCUACGUACGAACCCAGAACCUCCGAGCCCAUCAGAGGAAAUGUCACAGCAGCUCACUACCAGACCCUGGGCCUGGGACAGGGGAGGACCUGGCUGCAGGGGUGAAGAGUGAAGAGGAUUCUAUUAGUAUCAGUGAUGAAGAGGAGAGGGAGGCUGCCUCUGGAGUUGAUGCUAGCAGGGAGGACCAAAACCAGGGCUAG